GAUCAUGCAGAGUUCCGCGAUCGCUUCGUGCGGGUUCACCCGGACGUGAUCUUGAUCGAUGCCAAGGAACCACACAAGAAGUUCGUGGAGCGCCUUUCGCGGGAUUUCCUCAUCCGCGGCAUAGUUCCUUUCUACGAGCCGGCCGAGAUCAGGACCCGAGCCGACGUGAUCGUGGUAAAAGCUGAUCAGCCCGAGCCGGUGACUGAUGUCACCACGCUGUUCAACCGGCUCCACGCUUUCUUCAUGUCGCUCGAGUACUUGAACAUCUGCACGUUCUCGCGGGCAGAAGGCCCGCUCAAAACCAGCGUCACGCUGUCGAAGGUCGAGCACAAUCGCCAGCAGCUCAUCUCCAACCCUGAUCAGCGCACGCACGGGGGGAGGAAGAAGAAGCGAUUGCAGACAUCGGGGAAGGAGGAGACACCGAAGAAGAUCGCCAAAGAGGACCCGAACAAGAAGCCAAAGAGGGACGAUCGUAUCCCCGAGAAGGAGUGGAAGCUGAUCGCCGAUGCGGCAAAGAAGGCGAUUGCGCAAGAGCUUGUGGCCAAGAAAGCCCCGCUCUUACGCGAAGAGAUACUGCAGCUCGCUUUCUACCUCCCGAAUCAGGGACAGCACAAGGCGGCCGGCAAGCGGGGCAGUGCUUUCUUCGCUGGCGCCUAUCGGCAUGGUGGGAUCACGCGACUCAGAUCGUCGUGCCUUUCGUGGCCGUGGUCGAUUCAGGCGAUCACCCGGUACAUCCAGCAGAAGGUGCCAGAGAUCGUGUUCACAUCGUUCGGCAUCCUCUAUGAUCAGGAAGCGAGGCCCCAUCGCGACUCAGGCAAUGAGGCCGUCCCGAACGUGGUCAUCAAACUCAGCGAUUUUCAAGGGGGUGGGCUUUGGAUCGAAGACCCGCUCGGGCUCGACCCGCAGGAGAUAGACGGUCGGACUAUCCAGGGUACCAACACAGACUUUGAGCAUGAAACGAUCGUGUUCAAUGCCAAAGAAGCUCUGCGUAUGACCCUGCCGUGGGAAGGCACACGGGUGGUUCUGGCCGUCUAUUCGGUGCAGGGCGUCGACAGGAUCCCUGCCGACGAGUUCGAACAGCUCCUACAGCUGAGGUUCAAGCCGGCGCCAGUGCAUACGGGUGAUCACGCCGAUGUGCCUUGGCAAAUCCCGACCUUCGCCUUGACAACCGAGGAUGCCGAUCGCAAGCGACCUCACGCCGCCCCGGGUUGUGAGCAUCGCCAGCGAUCUUCUGGACAGAAGGCGAUCGCGGCGGGCUACCAGAUGAAAAAGUCCGUUGUCCUCCCGUUGAUCACCACGGAGAUGCAUCCGGGCGAGGCGAUCGAGUUUGCCUCGAACGCGAUUCAUCCUUUCACUAAGGACGCUGCGAUCGAUUCGGAUCUCCAAGCAGUCCUGCAGAAGAUUGUGGAUGACCCGGCUGGAGUCUGCGACAGCCGGGUUUCUCUUUUGCAACACUGGGAUGAACGCGCUCGCGCUCUUAUUCCCGAAUCCGACAAGUGCCCCGACGUGGACCUAGUGGACCAGAUCCUGGCCGGCAUGCCGAUCGUCGGCGACAUCGCCUCUUCCCAUCGAUGGGCUGCCGAUCGCAAGCCUCAUGCUGAACACCUCUCGGUGGGUUCUCUUCGUUCGCGGGCCUGGGAGUUUCGUUCCAAGGUCUUAAGUGCGAUAAAAAGGGCUCCAGUGACCGAGCCCUCUCCCAAGGUCUGGGAGUCGACCCUCGAGGAUGUGGAGGAAGGGGCAGCGAUCGGGCCCUUCUUCGAGGAGUCGGAGGUCUCGGAACUUGUCGGGGACGAUCACUGGAUCCCUACUCAAAGAUUCGAGGUCGUCCAGAAGAACAAGGUCCGGGGGGUGGACAGUGCUACCUCGAACGGGAUCAACAUGGCCACCGUCGUGACGGAGAAGCUUGAGCUCCCGUCUACAGACGCGAACGUCGCCGUGAUCAAGUGGCUGCGUUCGCGGCUGCCGGACAAACCUCUCCGUGGAUGGGUUCUAGACGAGCGCAGGGCCUAUCGCCAAGUGCCCAUUUCUCCGGCUCAUCGGAAGUGGAGCGUCGUGGCCUUGAAGGAUCCCAGCACCGGCAAGGUGCACUGGUGGCUGGGAGCGAGGUUCGACCAGCAGAAGCUCCAGCUGUGCUCGGACCCGACGAUCCUGGGUGUUACCUACGAUCUCGAGCAGUAUCUUCUGAAGAUCAAGAAGUCUCGGAAGAAGGAGCUCUUCGACGAGCUCUCCAUGAUCCUCGAGCACGAAGAGCUUUCGCCUGGUCAGGCCGGGAAGCUACGGGGCAAGCUCAUGUUCG